AUGGGGUGGCUGUCCCAUGGCAUCGUCCCCCUCGUCGCGUGGUGCUUUGUCACCUUCCAGGCGGCCGCCUGCCUGCGGGAGCAGCCCGGCAGCCACGCUGAGGAACGCCUCUUCAAGCACCUCUUCACCGGCUACAACCGCUGGUCACGGCCGGUGCCCAACACCUCCGACGUGGUCAUCGUGAAGUUCGGGCUCUCCAUCGCGCAGCUGAUCGAUGUGGAUGAGAAGAACCAAAUGAUGACCACGAACGUCUGGCUGAAGCAGGAGUGGAGUGACUACAAGCUGCGCUGGGACCCUGCUGACUUUGACAAUGUCACUUCCAUCCGGGUGCCCUCUGAGAUGAUCUGGAUCCCCGACAUCGUGCUCUACAACAAUGCCGAUGGGGAGUUCGCUGUGACCCACAUGACGAAGGCCCACCUCUUCUCCAACGGGAAGGUGAAGUGGGUGCCACCCGCCAUCUACAAGAGCUCGUGCAGCAUCGACGUCACCUUCUUCCCCUUCGACCAGCAGAACUGCAAGAUGAAGUUCGGCUCCUGGACCUACGACAAGGCCAAGAUUGACCUGGAGAACAUGGAGCACCACGUGGACCUCAAGGAUUACUGGGAGAGCGGCGAGUGGGCCAUCAUAAAUGCCAUUGGCACUUAUAACUCCAAGAAGUACGACUGCUGCACCGAGAUCUACCCCGACAUCACCUUCUGCUUCGUCAUCCGUCGCCUCCCGCUCUUCUACACCAUCAACCUCAUCAUACCCUGCCUGCUUAUCUCCUGCCUGACCGUGCUGGUCUUCUACCUGCCCUCCGACUGCGGGGAGAAGAUCACCCUCUGCAUCUCCGUCCUGCUUUCCCUCACUGUCUUUCUGCUGCUCAUCACGGAAAUCAUCCCCUCCACCUCGCUGGUCAUCCCUCUCAUCGGCGAGUACCUCCUCUUCACCAUGAUCUUCGUCACGCUCUCCAUCAUCAUCACCGUCUUCGUCCUCAACGUCCACCACCGCUCCCCCAGCACCCACACGAUGCCCCGCUGGGUGCGCAGCUUCUUCUUGGACUUCAUCCCUCGCUGGCUCUUCAUGAAGCGACCCCCGGCGCUGCCUCCCCCCGAGGGGACCGCGGGGCAGUACGACCUCCCGGGGACGAGGCUCAGCACCUCCCAGUGCUGGCUGGAGACGGAUGUGGAUGACAAGUGGGAGGAGGAGGAGGAGGAGGAGGAAGAAGAGGAGGAGGAAGAGGAGGAGAAGACUUACCCCAGCCGCAUAUCCCAGGCGGGCUCCCGGGCCACCCAGUGCCGCUACGGCUGCGGGCGUCAAGCCGGGAAGAUGUCAGGGGGUUCAGUCCCCCGGGUGCCCCCCAAGGGGGAGGAGGAGGAGGAGGGCUCAGACCAGGGGCUGAUGCUGUCCCCCAGCAUCCUGAGGGCCCUGGAAGGGGUGCAGUACAUCGCGGACCACCUGCGAGCCGAGGAUGCUGACUUCUCCGUGAAGGAGGACUGGAAGUACGUGGCCAUGGUGAUCGACCGCAUCUUCCUCUGGAUGUUCAUCAUCGUCUGCCUGCUGGGCACCGUGGGGCUCUUCCUCCCACCCUACCUGGCGGGCAUGAUCUAG